AUGAAUUUUUUUCCAUAUAAUCAUUUCUAUUUCAAGGUGCUUCUGACAAUCCAUAGAAUGGUGCUUGGUAUUGCAAUUUUAAUAAUUCUCUUGAACAACUGGGGUAGUUGUGCUCGCGUAAAAGAAUAUGUCCAAGAGAAGGCAGCAAUAUGUGCGGUUCCAAACGCAGACCAAUUCGCACUCCAACUUCCGGGACCCUUCAACUACUCCAUGGGUAAUAAAAACACUAUAAAGUUCUAUGGCAAUUUCACUAUCACAACGGUCAUUCAAGAACCACUUGAGCUAGUCAUUAUAGCAAACCGCUGCACACUGAACAUGAAAAGCUGUGAACUGUUCAAUAAGGUGACCCUGACUGACCUUUGUCGACACAUUAACGACCAAAAAGGUGUAAUGAUAUCAUUUUUCAAGAGCAUUGAUCCCAUUUUUCAAUGUCCAAUUAAGCCCGGAUUGUACCAGUUCAAGAACUCCGUCGUUGAUUUGAGUUUUGUAUCUAUUUUCCCCCUGGAAGGCUAUCGCUGGCAAACUAGCUUGAAGCUGUACUCCAAGACCAAACCGAUGAAGGAAUUGUUCUGCCUGUCUUCGCAAAGUUUCAUGCAUUGGGUGAAAAAGACGUGA